AUGGAACGUCAGGAAUCUUUCGCGAGACUUUAUGGCAUCGGACCCUUUCUGGAGGGAAAAUUUGCUUAUUUGCUUGAAGAUCUCGAGUAUGAAGCAAAUUACACGGUGCAGAUGAGGGCCGUGUCCAGUAAAAAUGUCGUUCGCAUCGAAUCGUCAUCGGUAGGAAUACGCUUCGAAACGGCUAGUUGUCUGAACGCCAACUGGUACAACUUUGACCUUUGCCCUCCAAAUAAAGUGAGGGACCUGAAAGCACAGGUAAGAAAUGGUACCACAGUACUCAACUGGAAUGAGCCUCAGUACAGCAGCGCGACGAACGUCAUCAGAUAUUACCACGUCGUCUGGAAGACGCUUGCACAUUUGGGACGUUGUUUGGAACACAUGGAGGGAAACAUCACGCUGCACCCGAACGAGACCAGAAUCGAAAUAAACGAUCUAAGUCCAGGUUGUUUCUACAUUGCUGAAGUGACAGCGGUUUCCAAAGCUGGUUUCGGAAAACUAGCUGUAGUCCAUUUCCAAUGGCCGCUUUCACCUUAUCAUAUGCCUGUGUAUUACGGAGUUCCGUUCCGGCCGGUUUAUCUGCUGAGCAUACCGAUUAUUUUCGGCUUAAUAAUUUGCGGCGUGCUAGUGAUCUUAAAGCUAACUCCACCCAGAAAACGACCUCACUCGUUCGAAAAGGAAAAUUCGACAUUUAUCACUAACUGGAUUCCAAAAAAUCCGCUGUACCGGCCUCGUUCGCUUAUUGCACAUUCCGUCUCAAAGAUAGAGAUCCUCAGGAACGUGAGGAACAACAUCACUCAAAAGAGCAGCACCGUUUGCGACCUGUGGGAGUCUUUGAAUAUUGCGAACGUUCUUGGCGAGGGGGCGUUCGGCUGUGUUUACAAAGCAACCUGCAGAUAUCCCGGUUUUCCCGCUACCGUGGCAGUGAAGACCUUAAAAUCUGAUUUUGUGACUGCUGAAGCUGAGAAACAUUUGAACAAAGAGAUCGAGCUAAUGAGUCAUAUCCCUCCGCAUGAUCACGUUGUUCGAUACCUUGGAUAUUGCCGUCGUUCGCACUCGAUCGCUUUAAUCAUGGAGUAUUGCAGCGAAGGAAACCUGAAGCAGUUCUUGCUGAACACGAAAGACAAACACGGUAUAGGUCCGUCGGUUGCCUCCACAGACAGCGGAUACGGUCGUUCGAAUAUAUCAAGCAACGAUGGCAUGGAAGUAUUACAGGAAGCGUCCCUCGUCACUGCAUCAGAAGAGCUGACGUAUCGUCUCAUGUGCUACGCACGUCAGGUGGCGAUGGGCAUGGAGCAUCUGGCAUCGUUUAAUCUGGUACAUCAUGGUCGUGUGGUGAAAGUGUCCGACUUUGGCUUGUGCCGAGCGGGCAAAGAGUACCACCAAGUAGCCGGAGGUCAGCUGCCGGUUAAGUGGAUGGCCCCGGAAUCGGUGUUCAACAUGGUUUUCACGACCGAGAGCGACGUCUGGUCGUUCGGCAUUCUUCUGUGGGAACUGGUAACGAUUGGUGAGGAUCCGUACCCUGGGGCAAAUAUUUUGGAUAUCGUUGAACUGUUGAAAAGCGGUUACCGGAUGCCGUGCCCUAAUGGUUGCGACCCAGCGAUGAAGCCUUCUGAUUCCACAGCCGGCGGCAUUCAAGAAGAGCACAAUUAUAUCAGGCGUUCGACGAUGUGA